GAGGGCGUGAGAAUAAAGAAACCUAUUCGAGGUUAGAAACUGAGUGAGGCCAGGACGUUGGAGAGGAUUCACGGAGGAAAGCAAGGGGUCUGGAAAGAGAAAGCAGGGCAGGGCCAGGCUGUGGAUGGAGGGAGAUCGAAAGCGCGGAGUGUUCGCAGGAGCGGGACCAGAGCCAUCUGGGAGGAGCGAUCUGCAAAGGCGGCCCGGAGGAGGACGCCGGUCGGACCGCGGUUCUGCCGCCGCAGUGACAAGUGAAGCAGAUGUUCACCCACGCGCCGAGGAUGCGCCCGGGCAGCGGGGAAAGAGGGAGACGAAGCAGGGCCGGUAACUAGGACGGGGUGGCCAGGCCCCGGGCAUCCGAGAAGAGGGCGCACUGGUGGGGGACGCAGCCCCACGGUCCCGGAGAGAGGACGCCAAGAGCCGCCGGGAGCGGGGCGGUGGCGGCGGAGGACAAGGCAGCCGCCCUGGAUGAGAGAUUAUUUUGCAGAGGAUGAUGGGGAGAUGGUACCCAGAACAAGUAAUGCAGCAGCUUUUCUCAGUGACACUAAAGAUCGAGGCCCUCUGGUGCAGUCACAAAGCUGGAAAAGUGGUGAGAAGAUCCUUUUUGGGCAGACACAUUCCUUGAGAGCAUUUGAGAGGCCCCCUCAGGUGCAAACUCAGGCUCUUAGAGACUUUGAGAAGCACCUCAAUGACCUGAAGAAGGAGAACUUCAGCCUCAAGCUGCGCAUCUACUUCCUGGAGGAGCGCAUGCAGCAGAAGUAUGAGGCCAGCCGGGAGGACGUCUACAGGCGGAACAUCGAGCUGAAGGUUGAAGUGGAGAGCUUGAAACGAGAACUUCAGGAUAAAAAACAACAUCUGGAUAAAACAUGGUCUGAUGUGGAGAGUCUAAACAGCCAGAAUGAAGCUGAGCUCCGGCGCCAGUUUGAGGAGCGACAGCAAGAGACAGAGCAUGUUUAUGAACUCUUGGAGAAUAAAAUCCAGCUCCUGCAGGAGGAAUCCAGACUAGCCAAAAAUGAAGCUGCACGGAUGGCAGCUCUGGUGGAAGCGGAGAAAGAGUGUAACCUGGAGCUGUCAGAGAAGCUGAAGGGAGUCACCAAAGACCAUGAAGACGUACUAGGAGACCAGGUCGAGCCAAACCAAUACACAGAGGCCCUGGCCCAGAGAGACAAGAGAAUUGAAGAACUGAGUCAGAGGUUGGCUGCCCAGGAGAGGCUUGUAGAACAACUCUCCCAAGAGAAACAGCAACUGCUACAUGUGCAGGAGGAGCUAGCUAGCAUAGAAGUACAGUCUGUGCCUGAAGAGUUACUCAGACAACAAAAGCCGAGUUCAAACGAGACCACUUCAAAUGCACAGUCUGUAUCUGAUUCCCACUUGGCCUCACUUCAGGAAAAAAUCCAGCAAACAGAGGCUGCCAACAAGAUUCUUCAAGAGAAACUGAACGAAAUGAGUUAUGAACUGAAGUCUGCUCAGGAGUCAUCUCAGAAGCAAGAUGGUACAAUUCAAAACCUCAAGGAAACUCUGCAAAGCAGGGAAAGUGAGACUGAGGAGUUGUACCAGGUGAUUGAAAGCCAAAAUGACACAAUGGCAAAGCUUCGAGAAAUGCUGCACCAGAGCCAGCUCAGACAACUUCAUAGUUCUGAGGGUGCUGCUCAAGCUCAGCAGCAGGUGGCUCUGCUUGAUCUUCAGAGUGCUUUAUUCUGCAGCCAGCUGGAAAUACAGACACUGCAGAGGGCAGUUAGACAGAAGGAACGCCAGCUGGCCGAUGCCAAGCGAUGUGUGCGGUUUGUGGAGGCUGCAGCACAUGAGCGAGAAAAGCAGAAGGAGGCUUCUUGGAAACAUAAUCAGGAAUUGCGAAAAGCUUUGCAACAAUUACAAGGAGAAUUGCAGAAUAAGAGCCAACAGCUUCAAACCAUGGAGGCUGAAAAAUACAAUGAGAUUCGAACACAGGAGCAAAACAUUCAACACCUAAACCAUAGUCUGAGUCACAAAGAGCAACUGCUUCAGGAAUUUCAGGAGCUCCUACACUAUCGAGAUAACUCAGACAAAACCCUUGAAGCAAAUGAAAUGUUGCUUGAAAAACUUCGGCAGCGAAUACAAGAUAGGGCUGUUGCUCUAGAGCAGGCUAUAGAUGAAAAGUUCUAUGCUCUGGAAGAAAAAGACAAAGAGCUGCGCCAGCUUCAUCUUGCUGUGCGAGAGCGAGAUCAUGACUUAGAGAGACUGCGUGGUGUCCUCUCCUCCAACGAAGCUACCAUGCAGAGUAUGGAGAGCCUCCUGAGGGCCAAGGGCCUGGAAGUGGAACAGUUAACUGCUACCUGUCAAAACCUCCAGUGGCUGAAAGAAGAAAUGGAAACCAGAUUUAGCCAUUGGCAGAAGGAACAAGAGAGUAUUAUUCAGCAGUUACAGACAUCUCUGCAUGACAGGAACAAAGAAGUGGAGGAUCUUAGUGCAACGCUGCUCUGCAAACUUGGACCAGGGCAGAGCGAGAUAGCUGAGGAGCUGUGCCAGCGUCUGCAGCAAAAGGAAAGGAUGCUGCAGGACCUUCUUAGUGAUCGGAACAAGCACGCUGUGGAACACGAAAUGGAAAUCCAGAACCUGCUUCAGUCUGUGAGCACCAGGGAGCAGGAGAGCCAAGCUGCUUCAGAGAAGAUAGUGCAAGCCCUAAUGGAAAGAAACUCAGAAUUACAGGCCCUGCGCCAGUAUCUCGGAGGGAAAGACUUCAUGAUGGCUCAAGCACUUAUCUCUAACCAACAAGCUGAAGUUACCUCCAUCGGUCCUCUUUUUGGAGAGCAGACUGACCAAGGUUCAAUGCAAAUACCCUCUAGAGAUGAUAGCACUUCAUUGACUGCUAAAGAGGAUGCCAGCAUACCCAGGUCCACAUUAGGAGACUUGGACACAGUCGCAGGGCUGGAGAAAGAACUGAGCAGUGCCAAAGAGGAACUUGAACUCAUGACUAAAAAAGAAAGAGAAAGUCAGAUGGAACUUUCUGCUCUCCAGUCCAUGAUAGCUGUGCAAGAGGAAGAGCUGCAGGUGCAAGCUGCGGAUCUGGAGUCCCUGACCAGGAACAUACAGAUCAAAGAAGACCUUAUAAAGGACCUGCAGAUGCAGCUAGUUGAUCCUGAAGACAUUCCAGCUAUGGAACGCUUGACCCAGGAAGUCUUAGUUCUUCGGGAAAAAGUUGCAUCAGUAGAAUCCCAGGAUCAAGAAAUUUCAGGAAACCGAAGACAACAAUUGCUGCUGAUGCUAGAAGGACUCACAGAUGAACGCAGUCGACUCAAUGAGGCCUUACAAGCUGAGAGGCAGCUCUACAACAGUCUGGUGAAGUUCCAUGCCCAUCCAGAGAGCUCUGAGAGAGACCGAACUCUGCAGCUGGAACUGGAAGGGGCCCAGGUGUUACGCACUCGGCUAGAAGAAGUUCUUGGAAGAAGCCUGGAGCGCUUAAGCAGGCUGGAGACCCUGGCCGCCAUUGGAGGUGCAGCUGCAGGGGACGACACCGAAGAUGCAAGCACUGAAUUCACUGACAGUAUUGAGGAGGAGGCUGCACACAACAGCCACCAGCAACUCAUCAAGGUAGCUUUGGAGAAAAGCUUGGCAACUGUGGAGACCCAGAGCACAGCUCUUCUCCCUCCUUCCCCAGUGGGAGGGGACAGUAACAGGGGUCUUCAGGAGGAAAUGCUUCACCUGAAGGCUGAGAUCCACCAGCACUUAGAGGAGAAGAAGAAAGCUGAGGGGGAACUCAAGGAGCUAAAGGCUCAAAUUGAGGAAGCAGGAUUCUCCUCUGUGUCACACAUCAGGAAUACUAUGCUGAGCCUUUGCCUUGAGAAUGCAGAGCUGAAAGAGCAGAUGGGAGAAGCAAUGUCUGAUGGAUGGGAAAUCGAGGAAGACAAGGAGAAAGGCGAGGUGAUGGUGGAGACCGGGGUCACCAAAAGGGGUCUGAAUGAGAAUAGCCUUCAGGCUGAGUUCAGAAAGCUCCAGGGGAAACUGAAGAACGCCCACAACAUCAUCAACCUCCUCAAAGAACAGCUGGAACUGAGCAGCAAGGAAGGGGAUAGUAAUCUAAAUCCGGAGCUCCUUGUGCACCUGGCCAAGGAGAUUGACAGGACGAACACAGACCUGGUUGGUUCUCCUGGGAAACACCCAGGCCAAGAGGAGGAGGCGGUGAUCAAGAGGCCUUGCCCUAGACCCCAGAGUCUGGACCUUGAGGCAGCCGUGGCAGUUGAUGCCCACCAAUUCAAUAACCAACCCCAGGCCCCGGAUUCUGGGCCUCAGUCAGAAUUUAGCCUGCCGGGGUCCACCAAGCACUUGCGCUCCCAGCUGGCCCAAUGCAGACAACGCUAUCAAGAUCUCCAGGAGAAGCUGCUGAUCUCAGAAGCCACAGUCUUUGCCCAGGCUAACCAGCUGGAGAAAUACAGAGUCAUAUUUAGCGAGUCCCCAGUGAAGCAGGACAGUAAGCAGGUCCAGGUGGACCUCCAGGACCUGGGUUAUGAGACUUGUGGCCGAAGCGAGAAUGAGGCGGAACGCGAGGAGACCACCAGCCCAGAGUGUGAGGAACACGACAGCCUGGGGGACACAGUGCACAUGGAGGGUCUGUGCUCUGAGCAGGAGUACCUGGGCCCAGCUCUGCUCAGCUCCCCUGGCAAGAAGCCUUUGGGAAGCCAGCUAGGAAAGUGUGAAGAAUUCCAAGGAUAUGGAAAGUCAGAAGACAUCUCCGUCCUACAAAAGAACAUCAAAGAUCUGAAAGUCCAGCUUCAGAAUGCCAACAAAGUCAUUCAGAACCUCAAGAACCGGGUCCGGUCCCUCUCGGUUACAAGUGAUUAUUCAUCUAGUCUGGAAAGACCCCGAAAACUGAGGGCUGUUGGCACCCUUGAGGGGUCUUCACCUCAUAGUGUCACUGAUGAGGAUGAGGGGUGGCUGUCCGAUGGCACUGGGGCUUUCUACCCCCCAGGGCUUCAAGCCAAAAAGGAUCUGGACAGUCUCAUCCAGAGAGUGUCCCAGCUGGAAGCACAGCUCCCGAAAACAGGCCUAGAAGGGAAGCUGGCUGAGGAGCUGAGAUCAGCCUCAUGGCCUGGAAAAUAUGAUUCCUUGAUUCAGGAUCAGGCCCGAGAACUAUCCUACCUACGGCAAAAAAUACGAGAAGGGAGAGGUAUUUGUUAUCUUCUCACUCAGCAUGCAAAAGAUACAGUAAAAUCUUUUGAAGAUCUCCUAAGGAGCAAUGAUAUUGACUACUACUUGGGGCAGAGUUUCCGGGAGCAACUUGCCCAGGGAAGUCAGCUGACUGAGAGGCUCACCAGCAAACUCAGCACCAAGGAUCAUAAAAGUGAGAAAGAAAAAGCUGGACUUGAGCCACUGGCCCUCAGGCUCAGCAGGGAGCUGCAGGAGAAGGAGAAGGUGAUUGAGGUCCUGCAGGCCAAACUGGAUGCCCAGUCUCUCUCGCCUUCCAGCAGCCAUGCCUCGUCUGACUCCCACCGCUCUCCCAGCAGCACCUCCUUCUUGUCCGAUGAGCUAGAAGCCUGCUCUGACAUGGAUGUAGCCAGCGAGUACACUCACUAUGAAGAGAAGAAGGCUUCGCCUGAUCACUCAGAUGCCAUCCAUCAUUCGAGCCAUUCUGCUGUAUUAUCUUCUAAACCAUCAGCAACCAGUGCGUCUCAGGGGGUUAAGGCUGAAUCCAGAAGCAACCCCACCCGCUGGCCAACUCCCCAGAGUCCCCCCAAGGAGGCCAUCCAGGCCCAUCCAGGCUUUCAUUUUAACUCCAUACCCAAGCCGGUUAGCCUUCCCCAGGCACCAUUGCCCUCAGCUCCGACCAGCUUCCUGCCUUUCAGCCCCCCUGGUCCUCCCCUCCUUGGCUGCCGUGAGACACCGGUGGUGUCCUUGGCUGAGGCUCAGCAGGAGCUGCAGAUGCUGCAGAAGCAGUUGGGAGAAAAUGUCAGCACCGUUCCUUGUGCUACUGCAGCUACCUUGCCCAUCAACCAUUUGGAAGCUAGCUCUCCCCACUACCUCAAUCCUACCCAGCCUCACUCUUCACCAAGGGGCGCCAUAGAACUGGGCAGAAUCCUGGAACCUGGGUACCUGAGUAGCGGAGGCCAGUGGGACAUGAUGAGGCCUCAGAAAGGGAGCGUGUCUGGGGACAUCUCCUCGGUGUACCAGCUUAACUCCAAACCCACAGGGGCUGACCUCGUGGAAGAGCACCUGGGUGAGAUCCGGAACCUGCGCCAACGCCUGGAAGAGUCCAUCUGCAUCAACGACCGCCUUCGGGAGCAGCUGGAACACAGGCUGAGCUCCACGGCCCGAGGGAGCGGAUCCACCUCUCACGUCUACAGUCAGGGCAUGGAGUCCAUGCCUCAGCUCUACAAUGAGAACAGAGUCCUCAGGGAAGAAAAUCGGAGGCUUCAGGCUCAGCUGAGUCAUAUUUCUAGAGGGCACUCCCAAGAAACAGAACGCUUGAGGGAUGCUCUGCUCGCUUCUCAAUCCCGGCUUCAAGACCUGGAGAAGGAGGCAGAGCGGCAGAAGAUGGGGCGGCAGCAGCUUUUGAAAGACCUGCAGGAGAAGCAGCAGGAGAUCGUGCACUUCAGGGAAGAACGUCUCUCCCUACAGGAAAAUGACUCCAGGCUACAGCACAAGCUGGCCCUCCUGCAGCAACAGUGUGAAGAGAAACAGCAGCUCUACCAGUCCCUGCAUUCGGAGCUACAGAUCUAUGAGGCACUUUAUGGAAAUUCUAAAAAGGACCUGAAAGCUUUCCACCUGGAUGCCUGUCUCCAAGUUCCUUUGAGCAGUGACUUGAACCGCCUGGUGGCAGAGAUCCGAGCUCUGAGAGGGCAGCUGGAGCAGAGCAUCCAGGUGAACAGUUGUCUGCGGCUGCAGCUGGAGCAGCAACUGGACGGUGGUGCUGGCAAAGGCAGCCUCAGCCCCGCUUCCAUUAGCCAGAACUUCUCCAUCAAUGGCAACCCUGGAAACAAGCAGCUGCCCUUCCAAGAUUCAGUUGCUUCCCCUCCGGUCCGGGAUGUGGGCAUGACUUCUCCAGCUCUGGUCCUCCCCAGUUCUUCUGCUCCCUGCUCAGACACCACCGCAGCCAGCAGGCCAAACGAGCUGGGUCUGAAUGUUUCUCCGGUCAUGAAGGACCCUCCUAAGUUAGAGGGUGAUGCCACCGACGGCUCCUUUGCCAACAAGCACGGUCGCCACGUCAUCGGCCACAUUGAUGAUUACAGUGCUCUAAGACAGCAGAUUGGGGAGGGCAAACUCCUGGUCCAAAGGAUGCUGUCUCUCCUGAGGCCAGCAUUCCACAUCCCUGGCCUGGAAGCACAGGGCACAGAGGUGCUGGGAAGCAAAGGAGUCCAUGAGCUUCGGGGCAGCACCAGUGCCUUGCACCGCACCCUGGAGGAGGUGGCGUCCCUCCUCACCAUGUUCUGGCGAGCGGCCUUACCAAGCUCUCCUGGCCCGGUGCUGCCAGCCAAAGUGGGAGAUGCAACGGAAAGAGAACUCCUGGAACUGCGGGCCCAAGUGUCCAAACAAGAGCGGCUCCUUCAGAGCACAGCUGAGCGUCUGAAGACUGCCAACCAGCACAAGGCGAGCAUGGAGCAGUUCAUCGUCAGCCAGUUGACCCGGACCCAUGAUGUUUUGAAAAAGGCAAGGACUAAUUUGGAGCACAACACUUAUGAGACUGCCUCUGUACAGCCUUAUUCCUGUCCCAGAAAAGGUGAAAUCCCUAAGGGCUCUGCUGUGCACUCCAGCCUUGUGACCCUUGCCUUCCCGGAGCCACACAAGAAGCGAAGCCACCAGAGGUCCUUAAAACAGCAGGAAGAACGGCUCUGCCCCACUUUGGUGCAGCUGCCUAUCUGUUGAUGCGCACCCGGGCCCAGUCCCUCCAAAGUUGCUGGAGGUCCAGAAGAGGGGACAGAGAUGUGUCCUUUUAGGACAAUAGAAAGGCAGAAUGAUUUCCUGGCAGCAACGGAUACUAGGAGCAGAGGUCCACUGGUCCCAGCACUUAGCAAAACACCUAGAUUGCAUAGCAGACCCCAUGACACCACUUCUAAACAGCCUCCGGGGCAAGGCAUCAGCCAAGGCACCUUUCCCGCCUCAGGAGCCGUCCUCAGUCAACUCAGGGGAAGCAGGACCUUGCUUCCUGUGUGUGGGGCUGUGGCCUCAGGUAGUUCCAGAAGCACACUGCUGA